GUUAGUGUGGGUGUUGGCAGUGGGUGUGGCGUUAACUGGUCGUGUGUUCUCUGUGUAAAGUUUUAUUUCACUCAGGAUUAAAAAUGCCUUACAGAGAUUUACCUGAUCUUCUGUUUCUUGAAGGUGUAAUGGCGCUUACUGAGAGAUGUGACCUUAAGAAGCCGUAUUUCUGUUAGCAGCCACACCAAUGCCAACAGGUCCAAUAACAGAAGUGGAGGCGGAGACAACAGAAAAGUAGCAACAGAGUUAAGAAGAGGAGGAGGUGUGCAUUUCGUACCAUCAGCUUCAUUUUACAGUGAGAAGUCUUUGUUGCAAGUUCUCCUGUCUCAUACCAGUGAUAUCUAGCUACGUCCAAGUGAUCGGAGAGAGCCCGUCCAAGUGUUCAUAUCUACCAUUCGUUCUACAGCCUUUGUUCACUGUAAUCGACACAGUACUGAUAGACAGAAACAGUGACACCAUAUUUCAAGAAUCGCAGAACAGCCGUCCAAACUCUAGAACACCUGGGUUAUAUCCCUCUUCACCCUUCCCUCUGACGUUCUAAAAACGUCACUCGGCGGAGGUCUUCAACCCAGCCGUCCACAUCCCAAAAGUGAAGUGCGUGUUGUCUAUGACACCUUAGUGGUUUAGGAUCAACGUGACGGAUAUAUUCAACGCCGCACUGAAUUUACAAUAUCAGUGCCGCCUCCACCACCUUUACACUACGAUCUUUACCACCACCACUGUUAGCAGUCAUGAUGCUGUGGGUGAGGAAGCAGCGGGUGUUGCCACUGGUGGUGGUGCUCCUGGUAGUAAUGAUGCUGGGCUAUAUCGUCUUCGCCUCCAACUACUGCAGCAAUCUGAAUCGCGUGUCGCAGUACUACAACAUGGACCCAGUGCCUACAAGAAGGGCUCUUGCUAAACGUAUCCUAGGAGUUCAGAGGAAGAUAGAAUUUUGGGCAGGUAAAGAAGGAAAGAUUGACAGUGUUUGGGCUCUGGAGUUGCUCACUAUAGCUGCUGAGCUUGAUCCUCGAAUCACCACAGAUUUCUACAAUGACCACACAAACUCAUCUCAUGAACUACAACCUUCAGGGGUAUCAACAACUACUUUACCAGAGGGACGUCAUGUGUGCCCAGAAAAAUAUUUAGGAAGGUCUGCGGAUGCUCAGCUUCAGAAGAAUUUUGUACAAGUAGAGUGUAACACUAUCUCAAGAUUAGAAAAUGCCUUGUCUAUUGUUCUCUCAACAAAGAAAUGGGAAUACGAUAGAAUAAAAUUUGUUAUAGAAAAUAUAAGGAAGCACUAUAAUGUUAAUAUUUUUGUUUUGACUUACAAUAUUAGUACUCCUCCACCAUUGACUAUUGAGGGUACAUUUAUUAAGUCAUUUCCUCCCAGCACACUUGAAUCACUUGCUAUAAAUACGGUAACUUUGAGUAUAAACACACCUUUUACUUUUGUGGCACAUUCAGUGACACAUUUUUCUGAUCAGUCAUCACUGGAACGCCUUAUUCGAGUUCUUGAUGACCUUGAGAAUGUUAAUGUUGUCUCAGGAGCGUUUAGAAAUUUAAAGGGUCACUGGAAUCAUGGGUGCCUGCAGCAGAGAAUGGAAAAUUACCAACUAGCUUAUGUUCGUGGCUAUGAACAUUCUUCGCAUGAAUGUAUGUAUUGUGAUGAUGUUCUAGGACCAUUUAUGGUAAGGACAGAGUUUCUUAAGAAAGUUCCCCUAACAGAGAGCUUGGAAGGCUCUACUAUGUACCGUGACUGGUUCCUUAAUAUACAAAUUAGUGGCAGUUUGGUUAUGGCUUGUCCCGAUGUUAUGUUUUUUGUUGAUGCAGAUCCGUACAUGGAACGUGAUGACUGGCUUAAAGUUGCAAAGAAAUGGUCCCUGCAAUAUAUCCAGCCUUAUGAAGGAAAGGAAUUGGAAUUCUCAUGUGAAGAAGCUCAAAUAACUUGUUUUCAUCUUAUGGUUGAUGUAUCUUCAUUUCUUCUUCCACCUUGUUGUAGAAGUAAUAUACGCCGUGAACUUGGUUAUGUCCAGGAAUGUGCCGAAGAACUUGGUGUGUAUUAUGAACUUCAAGCUGGAAGUUUACUAGGUGCAGUGAAGACUGAUGGCAUAUUACCGUGGGACUUUGAUACUGAUGUAAUAACAGAUUGUAAAGACCAAGAACUGUGGCUUACCAAAGGUCAAGCAUGUAUGUCAAGAAAAGGCUGUGACUCCAAGCUGAUUAUUAAUAAUUAUUGGAUUUCUAGAUGUAAAUUUUCUGUAGUUGAUAUAACUUGUCGUUACAAUCGCACCAUUUACUUACCACCAGAGUAUCGUGGAAUCCCAACUCAGAUUGAGUUCGAUGGAAGGAUGACGAACGUCAAAGUAAACCCAGGACUAGUUGCAAGAAACAAAUAUGGUCAUGAGUACUUGAAACAUGCAGUUCACUGGCGAUACUCAAGCAGUACAAAAAAGGAUGAUGGUUCAGGACAGGAAGCAGGGAUGUGGAGUAUGUGUAAGGAGCCAGGAUUUCACGCAUGUCUUGACCAUUUCCCUGUCGAUGGAAACUUGAAAUUUAAGAGAUUUACUCACCAGCUCCAUUAAUACAUGCCUUAAUAACUAUAUUGUGUGAUUAACAGUGUGAUAGCAUCUGCUGCAUGAAUUUUUGCACAUACUUGUUCUUAAAUUAUUAUUAUUAUGUAUGACAAUUUUCAGUGUGUAUUUAUUUAUGUAUAAGUAUGAGUAGUGUCAAAGUAGCUACUUAAUAACCUUAUCUAGGGAGGGUAAAAGUGGACACCAUAGGCAGUAUCGUACUGAGUAUUAAAGGGUUGUCUUCUAGUAUUUAAAAUAUGUUAUUUUACAUAAUGAAAAAUUUUAUCAAUACACUUCAAGCUUUUUUUCAGAAAAACUUCUACUACAUUAAUUAUGCUAGUAUUCUCAUUGGUACUCUUAAGAUUUUGUUGUCUUUUCACACAAGCAAUAUUCAUAAAUAUUUAGAUUUAGUUUAAGGAAAAGGUGUGACAAGUUGUACUUAUUAAAGUGAAAAAAAUAUUUAAUUUUAUUAAUGUUAUUCGGGCCAUUAUAAUGCAAUUAUGGGUGUGAAAUGUCCCUAGAAUAUACAUGGAUGAUUUACUGACUCAAUGUGUUCAGUAAUCAUCUUCAUGUCCCCUGAGCCAAAUUAUGGAGAUCAAGUGCUACAUAGGAGGCCUUGUCUUACCAAUCAGUUUACACUGAAACAAUCUAAGGCUCUGUUUUCGUGUUCAGGAUCAAUCUGCCAUUUUUAAUUCUUAACUAUACACCAUCAAAGAUAGAUAUCUUCAGGUUGGCUGUCCUCGUGAGAGCUUUUAUACUGCAUAAAUCUAAGCGCGCCAACCCUGUUGUGAUAAAUAAAUAGAUUUUUUAUAUAAACUACUGCACUUCUUAGUGUUAUCACCUAAAUAAGACUAUUAUUAGGCUGCAUGUUUACCAUUUCACAAGGUUUAUUGUCAUUGUUUACUUAUCUCUCCUCAUACAGAGGCAGUCUGCAUGCUGAAAUUUUCAGCCAUUGGCUCUGUAACUCAUUGUAUAAACUGACAACUAUAUUACUGUACUAAAACUUCAGUUGUAGUUUUUGCCUUGUGAAAAGUGGGCCUUAUCUUCGUGAGCAGUGAUAUAUUAAGGAUUUUAAGUUCCUGGGGCCACAAUAUUGUUCGGACCCCUAACAAAACACACCGUUUUUAUGCAUGCAUACAGUAUUAGUAAAACCAUGUACAAAUGUUGAUUAGAUAUAUAUUUAUAUAUACACAUAAGCUAAGCUCAUGCAAAUACACCAAACCAAAUUACCCAUUUACACGAUUACCAGUAAUAAUCUACUUAUGGGUAACACAAAAUUGUACACCAUACCACUGUGUGACACAAUUUUUUUGUACGGUUUCAUCGCAGUAAAUUUUCCAGUCACUUGCUCAGUAUUAACGCUCAGCAAUAUAUUUUAGGUCAGCAUAAAGAAAAAUAACGCUCUCCAGUGGAAUUUGACACCAUCAAAACCAAAUAAAUGUGGUAAACAAUGAAAAUAUUAGGGGGAAAAGCCCCCCAUUUCUGAAUAACCUAUAGUACAUCCAAUGACUGGAAGUUAGAUAAGUUUUGUUUGAUAUACAAUUCAAAAUGCUGAAAUUCUAUAGAAAACUUUUGCCAAAAUCGUUUGGGUAAGGUCCACUCUGAUUUUUUGCUGUAGUUCAUGAUUCUUCUGAUGUAAGUUGAGAUGUAUUGUUGAGCAUUCCAAAUUGAUCAGUAAUAUCCAAAGAUGGGUAAAGUACUGAUAUAUGUGAUAUAUAUUUACUCGAAUAAAAGUACUGUUCCUCAA